AUGAAUCGAGUCUACGAGUUCCCCAACGGUGUGAGGUACGAGGGAGAGGUUAACAGGCAGGGUCUUCCUGAGGGGCAAGGGACGAUAGUCUACCCUGAUGGAUCCAACUACGAGGGAGAGUGGAAGAAUGGGAUGAAGGACGGGAGGGGGAGACAGGUGUUCACCGAGUCAGAGGAGUAUGAAGGUGAGUGGAAGAAUAACAAGAAGCACGGGGUUGGAACGAGGGACGGGAAGGGUGUGUACGUGUACAAGGAUGGGUCGGUGUACCAGGGAGACUGGGUGAAUGACCUGAGGCAUGGGGAGGGGAUCAUCACAUACCCCAACGGUGAGCGAUACAGUGGGCAGUGGUCGCAGGGAUACAGCGAAGGAGAGGGAGAGGCGUUCUAUGCUGACGGCGGUCACUACAUGGGAGAGUGGGAGAGAGGGAGGAGGCAGGGGCGCGGUAUGUACACCUUUGCCAACCUCGACACCUACGAUGGGGAGUGGGACAAGGACCUGGUUCAUGGCAAAGGAGUGUACAACGCACAUGGGAACGGGAUCUACACGGGAGAGUUCAAGUACGGGCAGCGGGAGGGCUCGGGGACUUUAGUGCAUGUCAACGGCGACGAGUUCACUGGUGAAUGGUUCGAGGACAAGCCCAAUGGUCGAGGAGUGUACAAGUCAGCCAAGGACGGCAGCACGUUCGUGGGUGACUGGAAGGAUGGGAAGCGACAUGGAACCGGCAUCCUGGAGCUGAUCGAUGGAUCCCCGUGCCGCGAUGAGUGGUUCAGAGGCGUGCUCGCCGUUCGCUUCAUGCCGAAACAAACUGAAGUGGAUUAAAGCGAUGGGCAG